AUGACAUCCGAAGCUAUCGAGUACCAGUAUUAUCAAAUUAAAGCCCGAUUCCCGGACACAGAUUCCAGUCCCGACGAUGGCAUUAACCGCAGGGUUUUUGUCCGACAGGAAAUCGAUGAAUGGAGCGGCAAGAAGUCGAACAAAAGGCAGGUCGACCUUUUCAUCCUGGCUCUGGACAAGUUUCAGAAGUUGGAUCCCAAAGAAAGACUCUCCUACUUUCAAGUCGCUGGUAUCCAUGGACAACCCUUUGUACGAUGGGAUGAUCCGAGCCCAGAGCCCAUGAAGAGCGGCUACUGCUUUCACUCCCAUGUGAUAUUCCCUAUCUGGCACCGGCCGUAUGUCCUACUGUUUGAGCAAGUCGUGUAUGACAUUAUGAUCCAGGAGGUCAUCCCCCAAUUCCCGGAGGAUCAUCAGGCCUCCUGGCGUCAACAUGCCGAGUCGUGGCGCCUGCCCUUCUGGGACUGGGCACGAAAGGGCCGUGUUCCCGACCUGGCGAAAUACCCCACUAUCACUGUUCCUAGGCCCGAGGGGGGCUCGAUGCGAAUUGACAAUCCCUUGUUCCAGUUCCGCAUGCCGACAGACAGGCCAAUGCGGAGUGAGGGGGUGGGAACCGAGAAUACAUGGGAGAAUGACUCUGAGCAGGAAGAUUAUAAGAACUUUGGCAAUGCGAUAGGUACCAGCCGUUGGCCAGACGAAGAGGACCAAAACCCGACUAGCGAGGGUUGGCGACAUGGUGUUGUCAACAAUCGUAAAGUCGCCGAUGCCUUUAAUGCCCACGAGGGGUAUAAUGACAAGAAUCAUGGUCCUGCCGCUGAGAUGGUUUUUCGACUGCUCACUGUUCCUAUGGACUACACCACAUUUGCAAGCACUAAUCCAACUUCGAAAGAUCAGAAUGUUGAGCAAGAUCUGAACAUUGAAUAUAUUCACAACAACAUUCAUGGUUGGACAGGCGAUGCUGGACAUAUGGGAAAUGUGCCAGUGGCCUCUUUUGACCCGCUGUUCUUCUUGCACCAUUGUAACAUCGAUCGGCUGUUUGCAAUCUGGCAAGCUCUCAACCCCGACAAGUGGCUGACCAACAUACCGGCCGACAAUGCUACGAUUCGUGAUUCGUAUGGUAAAGAUCAUGCGGUCAAUGGAAACACCCCGCUUCAGCCAUUCAGACGGGAUGCCGAAGGAGAUUACUGGACUCCCGAUGGGGUCAGAUUCACCCCCAACCUGGGAUAUGCCUAUCCAGAGCUACCGCGGUGGGAAAGCAAAUACCGACAGGAGGAUGGAACACUCAACCAGGCUCUGUUUCAAGAGAAUAUCAACACCAUCAUCAAUCGGUUGUAUGGUGUGUCGCGUGAUUUAGCCUUGGACCCUAAGACCCCACCGCCUAAGGGAGUUGAGGCAAUUGACGGUGGACUCCGUGUCACAGACUUUGCCUUCAGCGUUCGAUUUUUGAAAUACGCAUUCGGAGGGCGGCCUUUCUGGGUCAAAUUGUAUCUCGCCCAAGAGGACGGCGUGCAAACUCCGCUCACAGACUUAAUCGCCGAAGUCUACAACUUUAGCCAGAAGCCUGAGCUAGAUGGUUUGUCAGUCUGUGGAAACUGCACGAAGGGACAAACGUUGCGCAUUCAGUCGACUGCUUACAUUCCAAUCACCCCUGUCCUCUACAAGCUGGUUAGAAGUGGGCGGAAACUAACUUCGUUGACGCGCGACGAGGUACUGGCGUAUAUUAGAAAGCGUGCUUACUGGCGUGUGUUCAAGGCAAGCAACCUUCGUCGCCGUCCUCCUUCCGUCCACGGGAAAGAAGUGCCUCGCUAUGAGGUUGAGAAGCUGGAGUUAGAGAUCAUUGGAAGCACUAAUGACACCAAGCAUUUCGAAAACCCCGCGAUACCCCCAUCAUUCGAAAAUUUCCAGAAAGAGCCUACCAUCUCCGGUGGUGCAGAUGGAGCGCUUGAUCCGGAGUUGAAGCAGCCCAAGAUUGACCCACCGGCCCCUCGACCCAAACGGCCAAGAGCAAAUCUCCCACUUCAUGGAAGUCUGCGCUUCCCGCAAACACUCAAAGCGGACAGUGUCAUCCUCCUCGAAUCAUCCAGCGUGGAUCCUGUCAAGCCCGACGUUGGCAUAGACAUGACCCAGAUCUCGAUUAAAGAUGCAGCGAAUGAGAUUAUCUUCCAUAUCUCUAUUCGCCGUCGCCAAGGUCAAAUCAUAUUCAACGCCAAAAUCGGCGGGUCAUGGGGUCAGGAGGAACGCAUUAAUAUCGAUGGUCGAUUCGAAAGUGAGGACGGUGCAACGAUCUUGAUCCACGACCAGGGAGACGGCUUCGAAGUGUCUAUUGACUGGGUUCAUGCAAUCUGGUUCGCUAAACGUGCCAAAGAAAGAACACCACAGUCAAUUUCGUAUGACCUUGGUGCCCAGGAGGGAACUUCUACCUUGUCGGAGGAUUUGGAAGUGCGAACCUAUCCUUCUAUGAAGGCUUUGUUCCUCCAAAAGCAUGCUCAUGAGGAGGAUCAGUAA